UGCGCAGUUACCACUCCCCUGCCACGCUGUGGAAAUCUGGGGAACCGGGUUGAUGUGCCCAUCGGCUUGCGGUUGAAACGCUACUCGCCAUGUGGAUAUUCGGGUACGGAUCGUUGAUCUGGAAAGUAGACUUCCCGUACCAGGAAAAGUUAGUGGGUUACAUUCGCGGCUACACCCGCCGCUUCUGGCAGGGCAGCACCGACCAUCGGGGCAUGCCAGGCAAGCCUGGAAGAGUUGUCACACUUGUUGAAGAUCCUGAGGGCCUUGUAUGGGGUGUGGCGUAUAAACUUCCAGAUGGAAAAGAGGAAGAAGUAAAGAAAUAUCUUGACUUUCGAGAAAAAAAUGGUUAUAGGACUACUACUGUUACAUUUUGUCCUAAAGAUACUUCAAUUAGUCCUUUCCCUGUGAUGCAAUAUAUUGGAACAUGCGAUAAUCCUGAUUAUUUGGGCCCAGCACCCCUGGAAGACAUGGCUCUGCAAAUUUUGAAUGCUGUUGGGCAAAGUGGAAGGAACACAGAGUAUCUAUUUAAACUUGCUGAUUCCUUACGAAGUCUUGUACCAGAAGAUACUGAUGAUCAUAUUUUUUCAUUGGAGAAGAUGGUCAAGGAGCUCAUGACACUAAGAAAAGUGACUACGUAAACUGAUGGAACAAAAUGGCUCUGGAAAAAGAAUUUUACUUUAACUCUUACUUUUUUUUAAUUUAUCUGCUGUAUUAUUAUUUCUGGCAAUUGCCUAUCUAAACAUAAAUAAGGUAUUUAAUAAAGUAUUUAGUUGUAUUUCUGGCUUUGGGAAUCGCCAGUAAGUUGUCGUCUGCCUUCAGCAAUGCUAUCUUAAACUGGAAGGUGGGUUCUCUCCUUGUUCGUCUCUGGCCCUUGGUUCUUUCUCUAGAGAUAAUCCAUAUCAAAUUUAUAGUAUAAUUAAACACAGAAAGGUUUGUACUGGAUACCUUGUGUAUUUGGGUAUUAUGUUUAUUGUUAACAUUUGUUAUAAAAUUCUGUAUCUAAAUGGAGAAACUGCAAAUUAAAUUCUACUUGAGGUAGGUAUAUCUAGUUAAAAUUACAUUUAUAUGGAUGAUCCCAUCCGUUAUUGUUGCUGUAAGCAGCAGACAUUCAGGAAUUGUAACUGUAUAUUAGAAGGUUAAUCUGCUUGUGUAGUAUUUGAUAAUGGGGUUUUCUAUUGUAAAUCAGUUCUGUGGUUCAUUUUGUUUUGAGAACUCUAGAAUGCUUCAAGAAAUAAAACUGGUCAAACAGUAUCUGUAGAGAAGCUGGAUUUAAUACUUUGGUUCAGUAAUCUUCCACCUGAACCAGGAAAAAGCUCGUGCAAGGACAGAAAAUUACAGAAUGAAAGGAAAGACAAUCAAAAUGCUAGAGGAACUCAGCAGGCCAGGCAGCCUCUAUGAAAAAGGGUACAAUUGACAUUUUGUGUCGAGACCUGCCGAAAGGUCUUUGCCCAAAAUGUCAACUGUACUCUUUUCCAUAGAUGCUGCCUGGGCUGCUGAGUUCCUCCAGCAUUUUGUGUGUGUUGCUUGGAUUUCCAGCACCUGCAGAUUUUCUCUUGUUUGAGAAUAAAAGGAAAGAUCUGUUAUAUAGGGUUGGGGAUCAGUUGUUGAAUAAACAACAAAGGGAUAAUGAUAUGAUGCAGGAGAACAGAGUUUUCAGAAAGCAGAUGGGGUUUUAAUGGAGUUGUAAAUGAAAAAGAUCCUUGCCAUUGCAUCACCUUGCUGACUGAAAAGGUAGAAAGGAAUUUCAGAUUAUAACCAGAGUUUCACAUUACCAUUGUACUCACUGCUGUUUUUUUUUUUGGAUUGUUGGUGCUGGCAGACGUUGCUUUGUAACACGUGCAAUUUGCGGACAAAUUCUCCUCCGCUUAAGGGUACUAAAGUUUCACUAAUUUGUAGAUUUCUGCCAAAUAAAUACUUGGGAAAGGUGAUAUAAACUUAAGUUUUAUACAGAAUGAAAAGCUAUUAUCUUUUUGGUACUUCAAAGCUAUAAUGUUUAUUCAAAAAUAUUGCUUUUGACUUGAAUAUUUUAAAUCUGUAUUUGCUCUUUAGACACUGAUUGUUUAGAUUUGUCGCCAACUGCUGACUUUUAGCAGAAAUGAUCCGGUGCUUCAUGAAUGUGUUGUGAAUUAGUAUCGUUGAUCAAACUUUUGAGGGAAUCUCAAAUAUAAGGCACUUCUAAUAAAAUCAACAAAGUGCAAACGUUGGUUUGAAAUAUAUUGCCAACAUUUACAUGUAAAAUUUAAAAAUCUGAAAUUUUUAGUGAUCUGCAAUACUGACUAUCAUAAUGUUCUAACCAUCCAAAGUUGUUGGGACCUGUUUAAUAUGCUAUUAUUUUCAGGAUUAAUUUCAAAAAUUUCCAUUCUAAUUGGAACAAAAAUAAACUUCAUAAUUCUUACAAGAGAAUAUCUGGUCUGCCAUGUCUGUGGUGAAACUUAAAGAGAAUUGUCAUGGUUUUAAUCCGCAUGCUAGUAUUUUCUCAGUCACCAUGAAAACUAGCUUCCUUCAGAUAUAUCUCCAUUUGUUUUUUUUUUCUCAGAGUUCUGAUGAAGGGAAUUGCAGAUCAUCUUGACUUACUAUGUUGAACUAUUUUUAUCGUCUGCAAGCAUUAACUGAAUUUCAGAGGAAUAUUUAUAUAAUUGCCGCUGUUCCUUUAAGCAGAUAGUCACUCUGUCAUGUUCUAUUUUCAGAAUGUCUAUUCUGUUAUUUUGAUUUCAUGGAAAUCCUCUUGGACAAAAUACAGUACCUAUAAAAAGUAUUCACUCCC